AUGGCUUUCUACAGAGGAAUUAAAAAUAUACAAGUCCUUUCUGUGCUGAUAACACUCACGCAAACGGUCAACGUUCCUACAACUCGCUGGACUCUCUGUAAGAAGUGUGGCAAGCACCAACCCCACGAAGUGACACAGUACAAGAGGGGCAAGGAUUCUCUGCAUGCCCAGGGAAAGCGGCGUUAUGACAGGAAGCAGAGUGGCUACGGUGGGCAGACUAAGCUGAUUUUCCGGAAAAAGGCUGAAACCACAAAGACUGUGCUAAGGCUUGAGUGCGUUGAGCCCAAUUGCAGAUCUAAGAGAAUGCUGGCUAUUAAAAGAUGCAAGCAUUCUGAACUGGGAGAAGAUAAGAAGAGAAAGGGUCAAGUGAUCCAGUUCUAAGUGUAAUCUUUUGUUUUAUUAAGAAGACAAUAAAAUCUUGAGUUUAUGUUCACUUCAAAAAAUAUACAUAUAUAUGUACAAGUCAAUGGAAGGGGACAUGAAGGAACUCCGGAGGUGCUGUUUAUCUCCCAUUUCUUGACCUGGG